AACUGUCACAUUUUUGAUACUUUGAGAAAACAAAGUGAGAACUAUUAUAGCAUUUUAAUAUUGCUUGAAAUACCCAAACAAAGUUUCAAUUUCUUCUUUCUGUUUGUCCAAAUUAUUUGCCAAAAUAUAUUUUCGAAUUGAAUGCGAAUAUGAUUAAUUAAAAAAACGUCAUUAACUCAAAUAGGUCCAGUUCAAAAAUUUACACAAAGGUCCAUUCCACAAUAAUAAUCCAAUGGAUUUGCAGACUCUAUUUUUAAAUUUUAAUCCAAGCAAGUUCGUUGUCCACAGCUGUUUGUUUGUAUUUGCAAUACUAUUCACACUUCGAAUUGAUGAUUGGCCAUACUGGGCAGUUUUUAUGCCAAUUUGGAUUUGGAAAUCAAUCGUAGCCUUAGGAGCAGUUUUUGGUACCUUCGUAUGGCUAAGACAUCCGAAUUAUCGGAUUGAAGGUGAUUCAUACAUCCAUUACAAGGCCAUGUUGAUUUCAUUCUCACUUCAUCUGAUUUUGUUGAUGUUCGAACUGCUCGCAUGUGACCGCUUAACUUCCCAUCGGCCCUUGUGGGUCAUUGUAUUUUUUCCACUUGUAUUUGGAAGCGUCGCCAGUGUUGGUGCUUGUGUUUGGUCCGUGAAACACGAUCGAUCCUUUGAAUUAGAACUUUUCAUGGCAGUUAACGCACUACAGUUUGUAUUUUUGCCACUGAAGCUGGAUGAGUUGGUUACAUGGAGCUGGGAAGUAGUAUUUGUGCCACUUUGGAUUGUCCUUUGUCUAAGUUUAGUUGGUGUUUUGUACAGUGUGAUAUUUUGUGGGAUAUUGUUGCGGACACCAGAAGUUUCGCAAUCUCAACGACGUACAGCUAUAAACUCUGCGAUCGGAAACUCAUUAACAGUUAUUCCCAUUUUGGUGUAUCAAGUUUUGCUAGCUGAUAAACUAGAUGGUGACCUGAAAUCUCUUCCAUUCACAGUUAUAUCGAUACCACUGUUCAUGGGGCUGUUUGCUUUGAUUUUGCUUAGCUUCAACUCGAAAGGAGGGAAUAAAUGGUGGUUUGGCAUUCGGAAAAGCUUUAGUCAGUUUUUAUUGAACGCAAUGCCAUGUCUACAAGAAUAUGGAAAUAUUGGUUAUCACAGUACUCGCAAUCAAAAUGUGCCGCUAGAUUCGACAACACAAUUGGACGAUGUUGAAGCCAAUCGUCGUAGUAAAUCCAAAGAUAUUCUAAACAAAAAGUGCGAUCAAAUGAAACCAGUGGUUCCAAUAAUCAAUAUUGACUUGCCCGAUUAAGGUGUUUUCGAUCUCGAAAAGCACACGCACAAAUUGCACAUUUUUAUUAUUAUUUGUUCAACACAAGACUCCAUUUGACCAUAUAAAAAAAAUCACCCAAAUUGUGAAUGUACUAACAUUAUUCAAAUUAUUAUUCAAAUUCAAUUGGUUUUCUUCGAUGUGAAUUUUGUAGAAAAGUGUGUUUUUGGUAGUUCGGUUUGUGAUAAAAGAAAAUAAGCUUAAUGUUAAUGGGUUGUCGCAGAUUUCAGCGUAUUUUGCAGAACCAAUAAGAGAUGAUAGUGUCCUCAGGGCACUGUCCUGCAAAGUUAAGGUGACCAACUAUUUUCUACUCUUGUACGGAUUUUAUACGUACACAAGCCAAUUUUCUUGCAAUAUCUCGAAAAAGAAGCGUCUUACGCAUGUUUUCCCGCCCUCCGGGUGACCAUUUCCAUGAAAUUUCCCGCCCGAUGGAAUGAGACUGGUCUCGAUUUUCCCUGCUUUUCCAUAUUCCUUUUAUAGCGAUUUUCUCAUUUUCAAACAUUUUUCCAGGAUUUUCAAUUUUACCGAAAAUUUUCAAGAAUUCGUUUCUAGUUUAUGUUUAUACGUCCAUAAAAUAAAAAUGGUUGGAAAAUCUUGGAAAACUCGGAAAAUAUGCAAUAUUUUCUAAAAAUAAAAUGUACUGAAAAUGAUGAAAAGUUGGUUCAUGAAGCCAUAUCCUGGGCACAGUGCUUGUUUACAAAAUCUGAUCGAGCAGAAAACUUCUUUGAAACUUCCUCUUUCCAUAUAUCUAUUGACUAGAUCGAGAAUAAGUUCAUCUGACUUUGUUAUGAAAGAGAAGAGUAAUUUUCUUUCGACUCAAAAAUGGUUAAAGGCGAGUAUGUUCAUUUUUGGCGGGUCCUCGCGGUUUUCCACGGUUUUCGCGGAACUGAUAAGAGAUAACAACUUGGUGUCUUCGGCAAAGUUGUAGCACUCGAGGUCUUCUAUAACAUUGCUGAAUUCAGUUAUCUCUUAUCUCUUAUCAGUUCCGCGAAAAGCGCGAAAAAUGAUAAGAAAAAAAGCUCUAAAUAAAAUUUGCUUUUUUAUGUGCGCGAUUUGCGCGCAACUGAUAAGAGAUAAGAGAUAGAUGUCUUCAGCAAUGUUAUAGAAGACCUCAAGUACUACAACUUUGCCGAAGACACCAUGUUGUUAUCUCUUAUCAUUUGCGCGAAAACCGUGAAGACCGCAGAGGCUAGACGGUACUACAACAUACUCUACUUUAACGCCAACAGAAUCAUCAGAAAACAUACUCUCCUCUUUCAAAAUAUAUUGGAAUUUUUUCACAUACUCUCCUCUCGAUCUAGUCAAUAGAUAUGUAAACAACUUGCGUCCGACACACGAAAAAAUGUUACAAGUCAGAAUAGUGUCCCGCGAAAAUCCGUACGGUUGGUCACCUUAUGCAAAGUUGUAGCACUUAAUGUGUUCUAUGACAGUGCUACAAUUAGUUAUCUUCUAUUCAAUAUGAAUUUUCUCAAGAAAAUUUCUUGUGAUUUUACACGAUUCUUGCGAAACCGAUAAGAGAUAACAGCACCUUAAGGCCUAUAACUUUGUCGAUACCAGAAAUCAAACCGAUAUCUCUUAUAAUUCCUGUGGAAGAAAUGAAGAAUAAACAUACAUCCAAAAAAUAAA